CCAACCGCCGUUAAAAAAGAAGAUAAUUUUCUACCAUUAUUUUCUGCCCUCUAGGGGGCAGCAGAGAGCACUAUGAGUAACUGAAUAACAGAAGAAGAUGACGCGAACGUCACUUCCGGUCUUAACUAACGGCUACCUGCACGCUGAUCUGAGAGCUGCCUUUUCACUUUCGAAUCAACCCUUCUUACUUAACACGAUUACCUAGAACCGACUCGAGAACAGCGGUUUGUACGUCGCACGUCCUCCUCGCUCGUCACGUUUUGUGAACUCGGAACCACUUCCUCGUUUGGAAGCAGCGGUUCCGUCAAGGUCCAGACAUGGCGCUGAGUCUCUUAUAUCCCGGCCUGGGAUGCCGGUGGUUUAGUUGUACCCGGACACCAACGGUCAGCCUCGCACACGGUCUUUUAUGGAGGAGAACCGGACUGAAACACGCACUGUCCCCGCGGGGAGUCCACUGCUGCCCGGUGGCCGUGAGGCAGUGGUACACCUGCAGGGCCGCGCAGCACCUGGAGCGGCACCCGUCGAGAACGUUCUCCUCUCUUCCGCCACCGCCUUCUUCUUCGGGGAAGAAGAAGAAGUCUGGGCCGGUGACGUGGAAAUCUUUAGCCAUAACUUUUGCGAUUGGCGGCGCUCUGCUUGGAGGGAUGAAAUAUGUAAAGAAGGAAAAGGAAGAAAAGCUCGAGAAGGAGCGGAACAAGUCCAUCGGCCGGCCGGCGCUCGGCGGCCCGUUCUCGCUCGUCGACCACAACAACAAGCCCGCAAAGAGCGAGGACUUCCUCGGCCAAUGGGUGCUCAUCUACUUCGGGUUCACCCACUGCCCCGACAUCUGCCCGGAGGAGAUAGAGAAGAUGAUUGAAGUGGUGGAUGAAAUAGAUAAAAUCAAGUCUCUUCCCAACCUGACGCCGCUCCUCAUCACCAUCGACCCCGACAGGGACACAACGGAGGCCAUGGCCACUUACGUGAAAGAGUUUUCCCCGAAGCUGAUCGGCCUGACGGGCCCGGCGGCUCAGAUCGAGCAGGUGUCCAGAGCCUUCAGAGUUUACUACAGCCGGGGGCCGAAGGACGAAGACAACGACUACAUCGUGGAUCACACCAUCAUCAUGUACCUGGUGGGGCCCGACGGAGAGUUCGCCGAGUACUUCGGACAAAACAAAAGGACCGCGGAGAUCUCCAGCUCCAUAGCGGCGCACAUGAGGAAGUUCAAGAAGGAGGCGGCGGCCAAAUGAAAAGAACCCGACCCGGGACCGACGGGUCCCCCCCCACCACGGACGCUCCAAACGUGUAUUUAUCGCGGACACGCUGCUGAACAAAAGGUCUGCAGCAACAUUCCUUUAAAACAAAUUGACAUUCUCGAUCACGCAGAAAGAAAAAGAUUUUAAAAGAAUGCACGCGACAUCUCCGAUAGAUCAAUAGUUUUGGUUUCUGAUGAAAAGACUUGUGAUAAAAAUCCAAAGUGCAAAAACUCUGCGUUGAAUAUGUUAUUUUAUUCAGCGGCAAACUACUGAUCACCGUUGACUCUGGCGCCCCCUGGUGGUCGCAGCAGAAAACGCACCGCUCUGCAGUCGGCACAACAUCCUUCAGGGUUCCUAUGCUCAUGUUUUUAAAAGAGAUGCUCAAAAUGUAUACCCGGCAUACGCUCUUUCAUACUGGCACAUGGUUAUUAUAAGAAUAAAAAAUGAUAUAAAUGUU